AUGAGCCUUCGAUUGUACGAUGAAAUGACAGAACAAAAAGUUCAAGCUGAAGAUAUUUUAAAUGAAGCAGUUUUACUGUAUAAGGGAAUGGAAGAGCUAUUAAGUGACACACAGGUAGCUUUAAACAAAGCUAAGGACGCUGUUCAGUUUGGGGAAGGCGUUUUAUUUAAUGCAAGAGAAACACUUAAAACUCUGAAAGAAUUUGACGGAAUCGUUCAAGAAAGCAGGAAUGAAGCUGGAAACGCUCUAGAAACAAUUGUUCCUUUGAUACACAAGUUACUCCACAACGCUAACGAAAAAACUAGAGAUGCAAGAAACGCUCAAGCAGAAACAGAUUCUGUAAACGCCAAGAAGAAAGCCAUUGAAAGUGAAAUAAUUUCUAUCCAAAUAUCUCAGAAGGUGGACGAUUUCAGAAAGGAGGUAGAAGGAAUGAAACAAGACACCAGAAGGGAAUUAGAGGUGAGCCACAAGGUAUUCGAAGGAGUUCAGAAAGUAGUUGAUCAGAUGAAAAACUUUGAAGAGAAGGCUGAAAGCGAGAGUGAGCUAGCAGAAAAGGUUCUGACCUUGACAGGUGACCUUCAAAACUCAGUGAAACACGCAUCUUUGAAAGCCGAAAAUGCCUUGAAUGUUUUGCAGAACCUAAUGAACAAAAUAGGUUUUUAUCACAACAACUUAGAUUCACUCAGUCAAAAUGACUUGGAUGAAAUAGGAGAAGAACUUAAGAAGGCAGAAGACGAAGAUAACAUUCUUGCUAAAAAAAUCGAUGACCUGCGAAUGAUAGAGAAGGAACAAAAGAAGAUGGUUCAAGACUUCGAGAAUGAAAUAAACGUUUUGGAAAAAAAAGUCGAGAAUAAUAAAAACAUUGCCAAGGCAAUGAACAACCUUAAAGAAAGAUGCUACAAACGACCGACAGAACUGGAACCACAAGGAUAG